GGCACGUACAGUUCGAAACCUCGCAAACCUCGCUAAGUCCGAGUUUUAGAUAUUUCCGCCAUUAACAAGCUCCAACAGAGCACCGAUGCUCACACGGGUGUUGGGGUGAACGGUGUAAUUGCGGAAUAAUAUUUUCAUUUAACGGCUAUUUAGUCAUAAAAGUGUAAAGUGAUUAUUGGACGUGCAUGUAAAUAUUCAUUUCGCCAGUAAAGGUAUUCUCAAUAAAACGAAACCGCCAAAGCAUUUUCGAGAAUAAAAUAAAAAGUCAGUUACUGAAAUUAGUUACAGUUAAUGAAAAUGUGUACAGUUAAUUCAAACGUGAGAACACGCAACUUAGAAGGUUGUGAUAAUUAUGGUUCCGAUGUAACCUUGGACAUACCGCCGGGCGGUCUCUACACAGGCUCUUCGGAUUGCAUUGUCGACGAAGCGGAUGUGAACGAGCAACGAGACUGCUGCUCGGCUACUGGCGAUUGGCUGAAGGACACUGCUGCGAAUGUGUUUCGCAAAAAGACGCUGUACAAGCGACUGCCCAUCUUAGAGUGGUUACCAAAAUAUGAUCGAAAUGAUAUUGUGGGUGAUUUGGUGGCCGGUAUUACCGUCGGCUUAACUGUGAUACCUCAAGGUCUUGCAUUUGCAGGCAUAACGGGUCUGGAACUGCAAUAUGGCUUGUACAGUUGCUUCAUGGGCUGUUUCAUCUACGUGCUUUUCGGCACCAGCAAAGACGUACCGGUUGGGCCCACGGCCAUAGCCGCGCUGCUCACAUUCCAAAUAGGGCGCGGUGAUUUGGUGAAGACGAUAUUGCUAACGUUUCUAACGGGCAUAAUUGAGGUGCUGAUGGGCUUACUGAAGUUGGGUUUUCUCAUUGAUUUCGUAUCCGGACCGGUUAGUGCGGGCUUUACCAGUGCCGCCUCAUUGAUCAUAUUCACCUCGCAGCUGAAGGAUUUGCUAGUCGUGAACACAGCCGGCGACACAUUGGUGGACAUGUGGGUUUCUAUUGUCAAGGAUUUUCGCAACAUUAGCUGGAAUGAUUCCGCUCUGGGUGUGAGCGCUGUUUUUCUGCUACUCUCCAUGCGUGCUAUGACUUUUAUUGAAAUUGGACCCAAAGAGGGCAAGAAAAGCUGGCAACGUGUACUGCAGAAGACCAUCUGGUUGAUUGGCACCUCGCGAAAUGCCGUGCUGGUUGUUCUGGUGGGAAUGCUGGGCUACCAUUUACUGCAAUCCGGCAUCGACAUCUUCCGUAUGGUGGGUUAUGUGCCCAGUGGUUUGCCCGAGUUUAAGGUGCCAGCAUUCUCAGCGACUACAUACACAAAUACAACAAGCGGUGAGCUUGUUGAGAUGAAUGAGAGCUUUUUCGAUAUGGUUUCCAGUUUGGGCGCUGGUUUGAUCGUCAUUCCGCUGGUCUCGCUGCUGGAAACAACAGCCCUCAUACAGGCGUUUGCUGAAGGCAAACCUUGCGACGCCAACCAAGAGCUCAUUGCCAUUGGUCUUUGCAAUGUGGGCACAUCUUUCGCACAGGGCUUCCGCGGUAAUGGUCCCUUGGCGCGUGGUGCUGUCUUGAAUGCCAGCGGGGUUCGAACACAGAUGUCCAAUUUAUAUACGGGCGUUAUUGUUAUCUUCGCACUACUUUAUUUUACGCCUGCCUUCUACUACGUGCCGAAAGCAGCUCUGGCGGCCAUCAUUGUCUCGGCGACGAUUUUCAUGUUGCAAUAUCGCGUAGUCAAGCCGAUGUGGCACAGCAAAAGAACCGACCUCAUUCCCGGUCUGGGUGCAUUCAUUGCCUGCAUUGUACUACCUAUACAGAUCGGCAUAUUGGUCGGCAUGACUAUUAACGUGAUAUUCAUUUUGUACAGCGCAGCGCGUCCCAAGCUACGAAUUGAAACUUUAGAAGCUUCGAAUGGCAUCAAGUAUCUCAUGCUUACUCCUGAUCGCUGCCUCAUCUUCCCAUCGGUGGAGUUUGUGCGCAACGUGAUCAAUAAGCACGGCCGCAAAUCGACAUUGCCGGUGGUCAUCGAUUGCACCUACAUUUAUGGUGCGGACUUCACGGCCGCCAAGGUCGUCUCCAUGCUGAUCAAAGACUUCGAGACUCGCAACCAAAAGCUCUACUUCUACAAUCUGCAAGCGCGUGUAGCGCAGGUGUUCGAGGGCCUCAACAAGGGGCUGAUUGUUAUCUACGAUGCUGAGCAUUUGGAAAUGGUACUCGCAGGCAAAGAAUUGGAAGCGAAGUCCUGAGAAAUGGACAAAUCGUGAGAUUAUUCAACUGCCAAGUAAGCGGAAUGGAAAU